GAACCAAAUCUCUCUCUUCCAUUAUCAUAACUCACUCAAUCUCACCUUCUCCAUUCUCCAGCAACCAAACCCAUUUUCCUUUAUGGCAUCAUCAUCAUCAUCAUCAUCUCCAUCUUUAGGGUUCCAGGUUCAAAGGCGUGAACCGGAGUUGGUCAUACCAGCUAAACCCACACCCCAUGAAUUCAAGUAUCUCUCAGACAUUGACGAUCAAGAGGGUCUACGGUUCCAAAUUCCGGUGAUACAGUUCUACCGAAACGAGCCAACGAUGAGAGGGAAAGACCCAGUGACGGUCAUAAGGAAGGCAAUAGCAGAAGCUCUAGUGUUUUACUAUCCAUUUGCUGGUAGACUUAAGGAAGUGCAUGGCCGGAAGCUGGUGGUGGAGUGCACCGGUGAGGGUAUCGUGUUCAUCGAAGCCGACGCUGAUGUGAGGCUUGAACAGUUCGGUGAUGUGCUGCAACCACCGUUCCCAUGCUUGGAGGAGCUCUUAUAUGAGCCCCAUGGAUCGGGUGAUAUCCUUGGCUCCCCUCUCUUACUUAUUCAGGUGACCCGUCUGAUGUGUGGUGGAUUCAUCUUUGCUCUCCGGUUGAACCACACCAUGAGCGAUGCAGCUGGUUUGGUCCAGUUCAUGUCAGCUGUGGCUGAGAUGGCACGCGGAGCACAAGCUCCUUCUGUACCACCCGUGUGGAAGAGGGAGCUCCUUAACGCAGGGGACCCACCACGUGUGACUUUCUUGCACCAUGAGUACGAUGAAGUUUACGAUGAAGUGCCUGACACGAAGGGCACACUCACAGUCACCGACGACAUGGCCUACCGUUCUUUCUUCUUUGGCCCCUCUGAUGUGGCAGCUUUGCGGAAGCAUAUUCCUUCGCACCUACGCACGUGUUCUACGUUUGAGUUGCUGACAGCUUGCCUUUGGCGUUGCCGCACAAUCGCAAUCCAACCCGACCCGGAAGAGGACAUGCGUAUGAUUUGUCUCGUCAACGCACGUGCCAAGUUCCAACCACCACUUCCGGUUGGAUACUAUGGCAACGCGUUUGGUUUGGCGAUGGCAGUGUCAACGGCCGCAAAACUGCGUCAAAAUCAGUUAGGAUACGCAUUGGAAUUGGUGAAGAAAGCCAAAGCCGAGGUGACUGAGGAGUAUAUGAGAUCAGUGGCAAAUCUUAUGGUGAUGAAGGGGAGGCCCCACUUUACACUUGUGAGAACCUAUGUGGCUUCGGAUCUGACACGUGCGGGGUUUAGAGACGUGGAUUUCGGGUGGGGGAAAGCGAUAUAUGGUGGGGCAGCGAAAGGUGGUGUAGGAACAAAUCCAGGGCUGUUGAGCUUUUACGUACCGUUCAGGAACCAUAAAGGGCAAGAUGGGAUUGUAGUGCCGGUUAACUUGCCUGGGCCCGCAAUGGAGAGGUUUAUGAGAGAGAUUGAAAUCAUGCUCAAAGAACCUCCAUUGGAUCGGUAUGAUAAUACGAAGGCCGCUUUUAUAACAUCCUCUAUGUAA